ACCUUCGACCUCGUACACCGCACGUGUGUCGUUGUUUACAACUCGUCCAGUUCAUUUUGUUCGACAAUCCUCCCGAAAUAAUGAUUAUAGUGUUAUUAUAAAACAAAAUAAUUUAUAUAUUUAAAUAAAAUGGGUCUGACAAAACAAUAUCUUCGCUAUGCACCGUCCGGCAAGUUUAAUAUUAUUUCAAGUAGCAACUGCAACGUAUGCUUUGUCGUUUACAAUGGUCAAGAGGGUAGGUACGUGGCCUCCGGAGCCUGCGAGGAUGUUAUCGUGUGGGACCUAAGAUUAGGGGAAAAGACUUUUACCCUGUACGGUGAGGAGCACAACGAAGUGACAUACUUGGCCUUCAGCCCAGACAAGGUCCAUCUCGCAAUCGGAUAUUCAGAUGGCAAGGUCAACUUGACAAAUAUUCUAAACAAGGAGAUCAAAACGGUUUUUGCAGGGCACAGAACCGCGAUUUCAUAUCUUGUGUUCGAUGCCUUGGGACAUAGAUUGGCAUCAGGAGGAAAGGAUACAGAAAUUGUCCUGUGGGAUAUCAUUUCUGAAACAGGCCUCGAGCGACUGAGCGGUCAUAAAGGAGUCAUUACAUCUCUUAUUUUUUUGAAAAAUAAAAAUAUACUAGUUUCUUCUAGUAAAGACACAUUCAUAAAAUUUUGGGAUUUGGACACAUCCCAUUGUUUUCACACGAUAGCUGCUCAUGUUACUGAGGUUUGGGGAAUUUCUCUUAUAGGGGAUGAUGAAUACAUAGUGGCAGGCAGUAAUGACAGUGAGCUGAGGGUUUGGAGUUUAGAGCCAAAUGAAUUGUUUGACAACCACCAAAAAGAAAAUAUGGAAUUUGGUAGUGAUGUUAAAGUUACUAAGGCAGGUAGUAUCUUGAGAGAGGGGAAAGGAAGACUGUACUCCAUGGUGGUUGAUAAUACUGGGCGUAUGUUGGCUGCCCAUGGUGUUGAUUCCCUCAUAGAAGUAUUCAUGUUUCGGACAAAGGAAGAAGCCACUAUUAAAGCGCACAAAAGGAAAAUUAAAGAAAGGAAAAAAGCAGCAAAGACUGGCGAGCAAUUAGAAAUACAAGACAUGACUUUAAAGGAUGUUAUUGAAAGAUUAGGCCGAAUAAAAGCUUCUGACAAAGUCAAGGGUAUCUCUUGUGUCCGAGGAUCUGCUGAAUUAAGGGUUGCUGUUUCCCUUUCUUGUAACAAAUUAGAACUUUAUGCGCUUAAUGUUGAUGAAUCCUUACAAAAGAAAGGUAAAGAAGAAGGCAAAUGUCUUCGUAGGAUUGUGAACCCUGGACAUCAGGGAGAGGUGAGAGCUGUAGCUUUCAGCUCUGAUAAUUUAGCUAUCGCAUCUGCUGGGUCAAAUUCUAUUAAAAUAUGGAACAGGACAUCACUUAAUUGCUUAAGGACUAUAGAAACGGAUUACGCUUUGUCCAUCUGUUUUGUACCCGGUGACAGGCAUGCUCUGGUUGGGCUAAAAAGUGGCCAUCUGUUAGUAGUGGAUUUGUCUUCCGGCGAUAUAUUGGAGGAUGUUGAAGCCCACACAGCCGAAAUUUGGAAUGUCAUAAAGACCCAUGAUCAAGCUGGUGCGAUUACUUGCAGUGGAGACACUACCGUUAAGGUUUGGACUUUUGAACUUGUCAAUGUUGAUGGUUCAAAGGGAAAAGUACUAUCUGUUCAACAUGUCAGAACUUUAAAAUUGUCCGAUGCUGUGUUAUCAGUCAAAGUAUCACCAUGCGGAAAGUUAAUAGCUGCUGCACUACUUGACUCUACAGUCAAAAUAUUUUUCUGGGAUACAUUUAAAUUUUUUCUUAGUCUAUAUGGUCAUAAACUGCCUAUUCUCUCCACCGAUAUUUCCUAUGACUCUUCAAUCAUAGUCACUGGCAGUGCUGAUAGAAAUAUUAAAAUUUGGGGCCUGGACUUUGGUGAUUGUCAUAAGUCUAUAUUUGCCCAUGACGAUUCAGUGAUGAUGGUGCAAUUCGUGCCGAACACGCAUUAUUUUUUUUCCGUUGGAAAAGACGGAAAAGUCAAACAAUGGGAUGCAGACACAUUCAACAAAAUUAUUACCUUGGAUGGCCAUUUCGGUGAAUGCUGGAAUCUGAGCGUUUGCGAUAAUUUUGUCGUGACUUGUGGUAAAGACAGGGUGUUGAGAUUAUUUGAAAAAACAGACGAACCUCUUGUUUUGAGUGAUGAACAGGAAGAAGAGAGGGAAAAAGAAGAAUUGGCCACCGGGCAAGAUUCUCUUGUAAAACUUCCUUCUACGAAGACAUUAACUGCAGAGAAAGGGGCUGAGACUCUGAUGGAGUGUUUAACUUCCAUACAAAAAUACAACAACGACUUGCUUUCAGGAAUUAGACCAGAAUUACCUAUAGAAAUGAAAGCAUUCAAUUUAAAAACUGUUGAGGAUUACUUAGCUAAAGCAUUAACGAGCAUAAGACCAAGUGAGCUAGGUGAAGCAUUGCUUUUAUUGCCUUUUCACUUGGUGACGUUUAUGAUGGAAUUACUACCAAAACUACUGUCAAACCCUCUUACGACUGAAGUGGCUUGCAAAACUGUUCUCCUUUUGUUGAAAGUGCAUAACGGCCCAAUAACAGCGGAUAUAGCCAAGUUUCAAAUGAUCGAAAAGAUCCAAGAACCAGCCAUGGCGACGAUUAAGCAGUUCAAGGACAUGGUAGGCCUUAAUUUAUACGGCUUGAAAUUCAUCCAAAGGAAUUUGGAAGAAAAAGAAGGAAUUCAGCUCUUCAAGGAUGCUGAAAUAGAGCACAAACAAAAAGAAAAAUUAAAACGGAAAAAAGAAAAAGUCACUAAAGCAGUACACAUAAUGACUUUGUGAAAAUUAUAUUCUUAUUAAAACUUCACCAAGACUGGCAAACUGCUAUAAUUAGAGUGGGGGGAGGAUUAUUUACCAGUCGAUGAGAUCAGAGAAAACAUCUUCAUUACGUGGAGAGCCGCAGGUCAUGGAUUCGAAUUCUGCUCAUGUCACUAACUUUUUCAUCUCAAGAAGACUAGAUAAA